AUGCAUUGCUUUCAUUUCAACCAGGCUGUCUACAAGAAGCCUCCAGAUCAGAUAAAGUUUACUCAGGUGGCGAAUUCUCCUGUUUUGGUGCAAGCACAGAUUAAUACCAAGCAGUUAAGUGAUAUGAAUUACAAAGCCAAACACGAGGCAGAAAAAUCCAGGUGUUCCAUACCUCCAGAUACUCCUUUGCUUCUCCAGUCCAGAGUCAAUGCUUAUAAUAUCAGUGAUAAUUGGUAUAAGUAUGACUGGGAUCAAUCCAAAGCAAAGAAGUUUGAUAUCAAAUUGGACUCAAUCCCGAUUCUGGCUGCCAAAGCGAAACAAAAAAUUGCAAGUGAUGUAAGUUACAAGAAGGGCUACGAAAAGAGCAAAGGAAAGCUUAUUGGAGCUUUGAGUGUUGAAGAUGAUCCUAAGAUCCGGCACUCACUGAAAGUAGGCAAGCUACAAAGUGAUAGAUUAUAUAGGGAACCUUAUGAAAAAGCAAAAGGAGUAAGCAUUAACUAUUGUGAGACUCCACAGUAUCAAGUGGACAACGUUCUUAAGAACUUCAGUGGGGUGAGAUACAAGGAGCCUUACAUAACCAAUGUCUUGGGCCGGUAUAUAGGCACUUUUGAGGACCCCUAUCAAGCACAUUGCAUGAAGAUGGAAGCUAUGAAGAGCGACAAAAACUAUAGGGCAGACUAUGAAGACGAAAAGGAUAAAUGCUAUUUCCCUCAAACCAUAACUCAAGAAUAUGAAACCAUGAAGAAGCUGGACAUAUGCAAAGAUUCUGCCUACAAAAAGCAUGCCGACCAGAUCAAAUUUACUUCAGUGUCGGAUUCUCCAGUUUUGCUACAAGCACAGAUUAAUACCAAGCAGCUGAGUGACAUGAACUACAAAGCCAAACAUGAGGCUGAAAAAGCCAGAUGUACCAUACCUCCGGAUGCUCCGUUUUUCCUCCAGUCCAGAGUCAAUGCUUAUAACAUCAGUGAUCACAAGUAUCAUGAAGACUAUAAAAAUAAGAAGGGCAAAUGGAGCCAAACACCAUGCUAUGAUGUCGCAGUUGCCAAAAUGAGCUCUGACAUUUUGAGCCCAAGAAAAUACCAGGAAGACUGGGAAUCGAAGAAAGACCAUAUCUAUUUCAUGCAGACAAAAACACCAGAGUAUGCAGUUAAUAAGCGUGCUGGAAUUGAUGCCAGUAAGAUAAAAUACAAGGAAGAUUAUGAAAAAGCCAAAGGUUCAGCAGAUUAUAAUGUACUUCCAGCAACGGAGAAUCCGAUGCUCAGGCAUCUAAAAGCUGUUGCAAAUAAAGUAAAUGAUAGAUUAUAUAAAGAAGCAUACGAGAAAGCCAAAGCAAAAAGUAUUAACUACUGCGAGACUCCAAAGUACAAAAUCGACAAUGUUCUGAAAGACUUUAGUGAUGUCAAAUACAAAGGGCCUUACAUAGCCAAUGUCUUGGGUCGGUACAUAGGCACCUUUGAGGAUCCCUAUCAAGCGCAUUGCAUGAAGAUUGAAGCUAUGAAGAGCAACAAAAACUAUAAAGCGGACUAUGAAGAGGAAAAGGCUAACUGCUACUUCCCCCAGACCUUGACUCAAGAAUAUGAAGUCCAGAAGAAGCUGGACAAGUGCAAAGAUUCUGCCUACAAAAAGCAUCCCUACCAGAUGAAAUUUACUUCAGUGUCGGAUUCUCCAGUUUUGCUACAAGCGCAGGUUAAUAGCAAGCAGCUGAGCGAUAUGAAUUACAAAGCUAAGCAUGAGGCUGAAAAAUUCAAAUGUUCUAUACCUCCAGAUGCUCCUUUGUUUCUCCAGUCCAGAGUUAAUGCUUAUAACAUCAGUGAUAAUUGGUAUAAGUAUGACUGGGAACAAUCAAAAGCAAAUAAAUUUGACAUCAAGGUGGAUGCCAUUCCAAUUCUAGCUGCAAAAGCCAAGCAAAAAAUUGCAAGUAAUGUUGAAUACAAAAAGGGUUAUGAACAGAGCAAAGGCAAGUUAAUCGGAGCUCUGAGUAUUGAAGAUGAUCCCAAAAUGAUACAUUGCCAAAAGGUGGCCAAGCAACAGAGUGAUCUGCUCUAUAAAAAAGGUUAUGAAGCAUCAAAGACCAAAUACACAGCACCACUGGAUAUGAUUCCCGUUAUACAAGCAAAGAAAGCCCAGGCAAUCAUCAGUGAUACAGACUACAGGCAUCGCAUCCAUAAUUACUCCUAUCCUCCUGAGAGUAUUAAUUUGGAGCUGGCCAGGAAGGCUAAUAGUAUACUAAGUGACAAUGAAUAUAAAGCGGAUUAUAACAGUUGGAUGAAAGGAUGUGGUUGGAUACCUUAUGGAUCUCUGGAUGCAGAAACAGCAAAAAGAACUUCAGGAUAUGUAAGCGAGAAUUGA